UUUGAAAAAAUGAAGCGUUCAAGAAAAUUCAAGCAUUCCAGCACCUUUUAUAGGUAUUUGAAACAAUCGAACACAAGAAAAGAUGAUAAACCAUUAAUGCUUCAAUUGCAACGAUAUGAACCUCAGAGAGGAGAGUCCAGUUCCUCACAAAAUCGACUUCUACCAGAUGACCACUUGGUCGAGAAUCAUACGCCCACAAUGUAUGAAUUUAUUCAGGAUCCUCAUGAUUCUAUAAUUGAUCUAGAUGAUCUAGGAGCACCUCUGACUUCAGAUGAAAGUGAACACGACGAAGAUGAAAUUACCACUAAAGCCCAGUUUAAAGAUGAUCUCCGUAAGUUCGGAUAUUCAAUUAAUCAAAACAGGCUUAAAGAGCUUCUGCAGCUACUCAGAAGCCAGAAGGAAUUCGCUUAUCUACCGAAAGACCCCAGAACAUUGCUUCACACUCCAGCAACAGUAAAUAUUAGUAAGCUCAGGAAUGGGGGAGAACUGUGGCAUAAGCCGCUCAGGGAGACUCUAAUGACAUGCUUCUCAAACAUAACCCAAGAUGAGGAGAUCAAUCUACAAUUUCAUGUGGACGGACUUCCCAUAAGCAAAUCGUCUACGAGCCAAUUGUGGCCUAUACUCUUCAGAAUCAUUGAGGCUCCAGAAAUUCCACCCCAAGUGAUUUCUGUAUAUUGUGGGAACGCAAAACCAGAAGAUCUUAAUGAAUUUCUGCUUCCAUUUGUCAACGAUUUGAACGAAAUUCUCACGAAUGGUAUUACCAUCAACUCUAAUAUUCUUCAGAUCCACAUUCACAGUUUCAUUUGUGAUUCCCCGGCGCGCUCCUUUAUAAAAGGAUGCGUGUACUUUAAUCAUCACAAAGGAUGCACUAAAUGUACAACAGAUGGAAUUUUCUUUUACUCCUCGGGAAAACACAUGAGCUUCCCGGACAUCAAUGCUCAACUACGGACUGAUUUGACAUUCAGAAAUCGAAUUGAUGAAGAACACCACAAGAAACGAUCUCCAUUGGAAAACUUGCCAAUUAAUAUGGUUACUCAAUUCCCAGUUGCGGACACGCUACAUCUAAUUGAUCUAGGAAUAUGCCGCAAGUUACUAUAUGGUUAUUCAUUUGGAGGUUUUAAUUUUCGUAUGAAGUGGUCAGCAACAGAGAUAAAUAUGAUUUCGGGAUUGCUCAGUGCGGCAAAUGAAUACAUGCCGAAAGAGAUUCAGCGGCAAGUUCGUGGACUAUCUGUCCUACGAUAUUGGAAAGGCACGGAAUAUAGGGCAUUUCUGCUCUAUGUAGGAAUAGUGAUUUUAAAGAAUCACGUUGCUGAACAUAUUUAUCAACAUUUUUUGUUGCUUUUUUGCGCAAUCACAAUUUUUUCUACGAACUUCUAUGAAAAGUACUACGCCAUAGCCGAUAAAAUGCUUGUUGAUUUUGUAGAAAAAUUUAAAAUCAUUUAUGGCAUCGAUAGCAUAAGCUCUAACGUGCAUAAUCUUACGCACGUAGCGGACGAUGUACGUCAAUUGGGAGCACUCCCCUCAAUAAGCUCCUAUCCAUUCGAAAAUCACUUGCAAGAUGUAAAACGUCUUAUAAGGAUGGGCAGAAGUCCUCUAGCCCAGGUGGCGAAAAGAUUGUGUGAGAGAUCUUGUAUUAGUUUGAAAGAUAAAAUUAAAGUGCCACAACUCAAAAAUAAAACCUCAGAUAUUCACGAAAUUGGCGAUUGCCAUGGCACAUUUUCCACCCUCAUCCUACGCACGGACUUGAUGCUAAAUUCUGGGCGCAAAAAUAAAUAUUUCCUUAAUUUUGAUAACGAAAUUAUCGCCGCAGUGAAUUUUACAAAAAUGAAUGGGGAAUUCUAUGUGUAUGGAAAGAAAAUUGGAGGUGCAUAUCAAGAUUUUUUUCAAAUACCGAUUCGAUCAUCUCUUCUCAAUAUUUAUAAGAUUGACUCAAUUGAAUAUGAAGACAAGAAAUUGUAUAGCAUCAGAGAAAUUAAGUGUAAAUUUUCUAGACAAAAAUAUUUAAACACAUCAGUUUUUAUUCCUCUUAUUCAUACUUUGAAAUAAUAAAUUGUAAAUAAAUUCUGGAAAUAUA